AUGAACACAAAUAUUACAUCAACAACAACAAUAGUCAAUCUUGUUGAUCAAUUGGAUAUUAUUCGUCAGUAUAUUGCCAUUUGGUUUGGUUUAUUUCUAGUUAUUUUUGGUAAUAUUGGUAAUUUACUAUUAAUUACCUUAUUUUUCAGUGAUACAUUGUUGAGAGUUAAUCCGUGUUCUCGAUAUAUUUUAUCAUCAUCAAUAUGUGAUUUGGUUCAAUUGAAUAGUACAUUAGUUAUUGGUAUUUUGGCUGAUGGUUUUAAUCAUGAUUUAACAAUUAGAUUUAGUUUGUGUUGUAAAUUACGAAAUUAUUUUGAUCAAUUAUCAUCAACAACUACGUUGACAUUUAUUCUCCUGGCUACUAUUGAACGUUAUCUUCUGACGUCAUCGAAACAUCAUUCUUGUCGACUUAAGCAUCUUCUCACCAAAACACGUCCCAUUAGCUUAGUAACCGUUGCCAUCUGGUCGUUAAUUUCCAUUCCGAAUCUAAUUGAACAUUCAAAAACUAGACAAUGUCAGCUAACACGUUCUGUUACCCAUGCUUUCAUAGGCUUGAUCUGUCUGAGCUUUCUUCCAAUUUUAUUAAUGUUCAUUUUUGGUGUAUUAACAUUAAAUAAUUUGAGAAAAUUAGGAAAACAUGCUCAAAUUAUGCGUGCCGAACAAAUCUAUAAACGUCUUUUGCAUAUUGAUAAACAAUUGACGAUUUUAUUAUUAAUUCAAAUUAGUAUUAUUAGUUUAGCAACACUUCCAUUUAUGACGUCGUAUACAUACAUUAUCAUUUUCCGACAUAGAUUUCGAUCGUCAUCAUGGCGUGCAUGGGAGAGUCUGAUUCUCUUAAUUAUUCGUUUUAUACACUACUUACAUAAUUGUAUUGAUUUUUAUAUUUAUAUGCUCGUAUCAUCCAUGUUUCGACAUCAUUUUAUAAAAUUAAUGAAGAGAUAUUAUUGGUAUUGGUCUAAAGGUUGUUGUGGACGUGGAAAUAGAAGAAAAAGAUCAUUGAUGAGACGGCAUAGUAAUGAAGAAAUAACAAAAAAAUGUAUUUUUAAACAACCUAUUAGUCAAAAACAUAGCGUAUUGAUUAUUUAUUAG